AUGUACACAACGCUCCUCGCCUCCGCCGCCCUCCUCACAACCCUCUACACCCUCUACGGCCUCAUCUACCGCCUCUACUUCUCCCCGCUGGCCAAAUACCCAGGCCCCAGACUCGCGGCCGCGACGAGGUGGUAUGAAUUCUACUACGAUGUGGUGAAGAGGAAUAGGUUCAGUUGGCAGAUUCAGAAGAUGCAUGAUCACUACGGACCGAUUAUAAGGAUCAGUCCGGAAGAGCUCCACAUCCGCGAUCCAGAAUGGUACGACGAGCUUAUGACUACUUCGAUCCGGCCACGUGACAAGAGCGAGGCGUUCGCUGGUCGGUCAGGCAGGGAUUCUAUUUUUGGUACUGUGCAGCAUGAUCACCAUCGCGUGCGUCGGGGAGCGCUCAAUCCUUUCUUCAGCAAGAAGAGUAUAAGCGCUAUUGAGCCGUUGAUACAGAAUAAAGUCGAUUUACUGUGCACGGCGUUAGGGGAGUAUGCGCCGGGCGGGAGUGAUGAGAAAAGGGCGGGAAAGGAAAUUGAGCUGGGACUGGCAUAUAUGAGUUUGACGCUGGACAUCAUAUCUCAUUAUGCGUUUGGGAAGAGUUAUGGGUUACUGGAUCUGCCAGGGUUCAGUCAGCUGUGGAAGGAUGUGGUUGAGAAUGUGAUGGAGUCGUUCGCUCUCGUUCGAAACUUACCUUGGCUUCCGGAAGUGCUGAAGAAGUUGCCAAUGCCGAUUACCAAAAUGAUAGACACGGGCAUGGCAUUCUACCUGCAAAUGGAAGCGGAAACGAGGGUCGAAGUUGUCAAAAUUGUGGAGGGCAAGAAGAAGAAAAGCGAGAAAGACAUUGAGGACUCAACGACCGCUCAUAAAAACAUUUUCGAGGAGUUGUAUGAUAGUAAUCUACCGCCACAGGAGAAAACGAUUGACAGGUUGAAUGAGGAAGGAUUUGCGUUGAUUCUGGCUGGAGCUGAUACAAGCAGUGCAACGCUGUCGCAGCUCUCAUAUCAUCUUCUAGCGAAUCCGGAUAUUCUAAAGACUUUGAAGGAGGAGUUGAAGGGAGCGAUGCCGGAUACGCAGGUCCCAAUGCCGUCGCAGGAGUUGGAGAAUUUGCCGUUUUUGAGAGCUUGCAUCACGGAAGGUCUGCGUGUCAAUGCUAUUGCGACAUCUCGCUCCGUCCGCGCGGCGCCGAAUGAGACAUUACGCUACAAAGAUUGGGUCAUCGAGCCCGGAACGCCCGUGGGAAUGAACACGCAUUUCACGCAUCUGAGCUCUGAAAUCUUCCCGGAGGCGACAAAGUUCGAUCCCUAUCGCUGGCUGAAGGCUGAGAAGGAGGGUACGAAGGCGGAAUUGGAGAAGUAUUUCAAUCCAUUUGGAAAAGGGUCGAGGAAUUGUGUUGGGCUCAAUCUUGCAAACGCAGAGGUGUAUAUGACGAUUGCGAAUGUCUUUCGAAGACUGGAAAUGGAACUGUUUGAGACGGAGAGGGAUGAUGUGACAAUCGUCUGCGAUGCAUUCAUUGGUCAUCCCAAGAAGGAGAGCAAAGGUGUUAGGGUGAAGGUGUUGAGAAAAUGGGAUAGGACCUGA